CUUGGAGUCAAAAUAAAUCUGUCACUGCAUGAUUUGGUACAUCAUUUUGGGGAAGAAAGUUAAUCUCUCAAGUAAAUAUCCGAUCAGAGAAUUUGCACUAACACUAACUUAUAGGAAGAUGCUUUGCUAUUUGCGCUUAUGAGCUUUCACAAUCAAAAGCACUGAGAUAAAUCUUUCACUGCAUGAUUGACUAACUUACAAAGCUAUGCUUUACUGCGGCUAAAUAAUUAAGUUUUUUGCUUGAGCAGCUGAAAAUUAGUGAAUUAAAUAUAUGAGGCAUCUAACUACGAUGCAAAGAUCUAUCGAUUAGCAGGAGGAGUGCCAAAAUCUGAUCCCAGUCAAGAGGGGGAGGCCAGUCGAGCCAGAGCACCAGGUGUACAUCACCGUCCUUUGAGGAGGGUGGCAAAAAGAACGAGGAGAAGACCUGAACACUUUGGUCCUGGUGAACUCUACUUCAGUGCAGGAAGUGGCACGAACCACGACGGGAAGGACCGUACACGGUGGUGUGAGCUACUCCCACAGCAGUCCAGGUCGAAGGGAGCGGGACGUGGUAUCACCUGUCACACUGCACGAAGGUUCCAGGCAAAACCAAGGGCGGUAUUGAGUUGAAAAACAAAGAUGAAAAACAUGACAUUGUGGUGUGUGCUGGUGGUAAUGAACUCUCUUCUAUGGAUGCCUGUAGAAGCAGUGGAGCUAGAGACUCAAAGGGAAAAACAGAGCACCCCGGGGACCAGAGCCACGCCAGAGACCAACCCGCACGACAGAGGAGACAGAGCAUCUGAAUCAGAUGAGUAUGAUGCAACCACACAGACACCAAUCCAUGACGUGCUAAACUCUGAGCCAGCACUCUCAGCUGAGCUCAAACACAUAAACAUUCCGUACCAAGUGGUGUAUGGACGAACACGGGGUAAAAGAGCUAUACACAAAAUGUGGCGGUGGCGUGCUAGCAUGGACAUACCCGAUAGCAUGCAAAACAGAAGCAACUAACACAACUGUUAAUUGUAAAAUUACGUGGGUAUUGUCAUGGUUUCCUGAAGCUAAUAUGAGCGAACCGUUUAUAACUAGACCUGUUUGGUUUGAAAAUCCAGAGCAAAUGUUAGAUCAAACAUGUGAAAACAUAACUAUGACCAGACCGAGUAUGCAUUUUUUCGCAAGUCAAACUGUUGCAGUAGCUGACAGUUACUGGAUGUGUGGAGACAACAUUGUGCGAAACACACUUCCACCAAAAUGGAUUGGACUCUGUACAUUAGUGCGAAUGAAAGGGUCAGUUGUCGUGUUGUAUGACGGCGUCGAGGAG